AUGGAUGAAGCUGGACCUUCUGAUAAUGAAAAUAUUGUUCAGCAAAUCAAAGAGAUCUGUGCAAUCAAUGAUGAACUUGCUUUAAAUCUCCUCAGAAGGUCGAAUUGGAAUCUGGAUGUUGCAGUCCGGAACUUUUUCGAAGUAAGUUACAAUUCUUUCGAUUUUUUACAUUUUAGGGAGAUUUUGGAGAAGAAGAUGAGUCUACAGACAGUGAAGAAGAAGAAGAAGAGCUGCUGGAAAACGUACCCAGUCAACAAGUCCAGCCUUCGAAUCGACCACAAAGCUUUCUCGGAUGGAUUACCAGCUUGAUCUCAAUACCUGUCAGGCUUAUCUUAUGGUCCCUUAAGGAUUUGUUUGGAUUUUUUUGUAAGUUAAGCUUUAAUAUUUAUAAAAAUUUUAAACUAAUGGUUAACUUCUUUGACGUAAUGUUUUAUAUGGUUUUUAACGCUUUAGUCAAAAGGUUACUUUAUUCCUAACAUUGUUUUAGAUAACAUGUUUGGUGGCCCUCCGUUGUCUGUAGCAGAUCCCAGAAUUGAGAUUCAAAAUUUUGUCACAGAAUUCCAGCAGAAGUACGAUAACGAAGCAGUGUUACCUUGGUUAAAUAUGCCUUACAACAAUGUAAUAAUUAUUCUUUGUUGUAUAUACUACGGUUUUUAAACACGUUUUAUAUUACUUUUAAAUGGUAUUACCUUAUUAACAAGUUUGUUUUAGGCAGUUAACGAAGCACGGAGGCAGAUCAAGUAUCUGAUCGUAUAUCUUCACAGUCCGUCCAAUGCCAGUUGUGAUAUCUUUGCUCGUGAUUAUCUGUGUUCGCCCAGAUUCCAUGAAUUCAUGGCGAGAAACAGUUGUUUGAUUUGGGGCGCGUCUAUCAGGACGUCGGAAGGAUAUAAGGUGGCAUACUCUCUGCGCGACCACAACACUCCACUGAUAUCGUUGUUCUGCUCAUACGACUCGAGGACGGUUUGUGUAAGUGGGGGUAUAUAGUGCGUUGUUUAUACAUAUUUGACUUACUUAAUUCUGUUUAUUGGCAUUGUUUUCUUGGCGGGACAUAUUAAUCGUAAUCCAAAGUUGGAGUAUUGUCUGUGGAUUUUAUAUUUGUACUGAUUUUGUGUUUAAAUGUGGGAACUUACCAUCAUUUUCUCAAUCAUAAAUUUUCAGUUAGCCAAGUCAAGUGGACAAUUCUCAUUAGACGCGAUGUUGGAAUCUCUUCAAGCUUCUGCUAACCUCAACAGACAUCAUCUGACGGUUCAGGAACAGCAAAAGUAAGAACUUUUAUAGUAAAUUUAAAGAUUUUAUUGAUUUGUAAAAUAAAUUUAGUACAUUGUAAUUUGUUUUUAAAAUAUAUUUGUGUAUUUUCAGGCGUGAAAGAGAACUGAACAAUCAGUUGAGAAGAGAACAAGAAGAAGAAUAUCAGAGAUCUUUGGCGGCUGACCGUGCCAAAGUCCAGGAAAGGAAACGCCUGGAAUCAGAAAGAAUAGAAGCCGAACAGAGAGAAGAAGAAUUUCGUCUUCAAGAAGAAAGGAAACGGAACGACCUUCUGGAACGAAGACAGAGGAUCAAGGAAACGAUUCCAGAAGAGCCAGAAUCCGAAGACAAUGUGCUUAAGGUAGCCGUAAAGUUUCCAGAAGGCUCACAGAUCCAAAGAAAGUUCAAUCUGGAUGAUAGUUUGGAGGUAAUGCUUUUUGGCUUGUUUAUUACACAUUUCUCGCGUACUGUAGAUUCUUAGAAGGACCUUAUUCUUAUAAAUUUAUAAUUAAUGUUUUUAGGUCUUGUUCAACGCGGUGUCAAUUCACGAAACGUGUCCUCACGACUUUACUUUGCUCAGUAGUUACCCCAGGAAAACAUUGAAGUGUGCUCCUCAAUGGUACAGUCAGUUCACCGAGUGUUUCGAGGAAACCGACCACAUUCCCACCUUCAGAGAAUCGGGUCUCGAGGGUUCCGUACUAGUCUUGGUGCGCGAUAAUGAAGCUUAG